CCCCACUCUCCAUGGCGUCUUUGUCUCCCUGGGGACACCAGCUCUGAGCUUCCGCUCUGUUCAGCCCAGCCCCCCACUCCCGGAGAUGGCAUCGGGGGAAAGGAUAACAUUGGGGGGCUUUCUGAACUGCGUAUUGUAGUGGAGAGUCCCGAGGAGACCUCCGCGGACGCGAGUUGGACUCAGUGCUUUAGGCCAGUGACAGCUGGAAGUCCCCCAGUCCAGCAACGUCCCCGCCCCCAGACGCUGCCGCUGACCCUGUCCUUGGAGGCCCGCCUGGCUCGUAUAUAGGCCAGGCCUGGGUGGGAGUUGGCACGUUUGUGAGCUCACAUCCCCCUAUCUACCUGUCUUUUGUCUGCUUAUCAAAUUCAGACAGCUUCAGACACAGGGAGGAGGGAGGGAGGACGGGGAGAGGUGAGGACACAAACGGGUGCUGCCCUCAAGCCCCGACUUUCCCUCUCCUGAGAUGGAAAAAUGGAUCCUCAAAAAAAUAAAGUAUCUGCAGUCUGGGGGCCUCUCACCUUCUCAUUACAAUUUCAAGGUUGAUUCUUUCAGGGAGCGGAUCACAAGUGAGGCAGAAGACUUGGUGGCAAAUUUUUUCCCAAAGAAGUUGUUAGAACUUGAUAGUUUUUUGAAGCCUACUUACAAGAAGCGAAGGUUAGAUGAGUGUGAAGAGGCAUUCCAAGGAACCAAGGUGUUUGUGAUGCCCAAUGGGAUGCUAAAAAGCAACCAGCAGCUGGUGGACAUUAUUGAGAAAGUGAAACCUGAGAUCCGGCUGCUGAUUGAGAAAUGUAACACGGUCAAAAUGUGGGUACAGCUCCUGAUUCCCAGGAUAGAAGAUGGGAACAACUUUGGGGUGUCUAUUCAGGAGGAGACAGUUGCAGAAUUAAGAACUGUUGAGAGUGAAGCUGCAUCUUAUCUGGACCAGAUUUCUAGAUAUUAUAUUACAAGAGCCAAAUUGGUUUCUAAAAUAGCUAAAUAUCCCCAUGUGGAGGACUAUCGCCGCACCGUGACAGAGAUUGAUGAGAAAGAAUACAUCAGCCUUCGGCUCAUCAUAUCAGAGCUGAGGAAUCAAUAUGUCACUCUACAUGACAUGAUCCUGAAAAAUAUUGAGAAGAUAAAACGGCCCCGGAGCAGCAAUGCAGAGACACUGUACUGAGGCCAGGGCCAGGGCCAGGGGACUCUGUGAGUCUGGCUCAAGACCGACAUUGCCUUGGUUUGUUACAUGACUAUCGUGAUGGGGAAACUGGCUGGAAAUAGUAAUCACACCUCUCUGUUUUUAGUUAGAGUCUAAUGAAACUCUCAUCUAGUUCCGU